UCUCCCUCGGAGAUCCGGGUCAGCCAAGGGCGUCGGAGGAGGCAGCAGGGAAACAGUGAACUGCCGUCCGCGGCGCUGGAUUAAUUGCGGGACGCCGUGAAAAAAACUGACUUGAGUGACAGUGAAGUGAUUCCGAAUUUCCACCACAAAUGCAGCCAUAUAACUUUACGAAGCUUUUGCUCCAGCCUAGUCCACGCGCAUGUUUUCGUUCCGUGAGUUAUCGCUGUUAUUAUUAAACGGAAAUGUUGCCAGUUAUUUUCCUGAAUUGAUAUAAAUUAGGAGAACACUUACUACCGUACUGUGAUCAAUUAGACUACCGGAUGCAACUUUACUUUCUAAGGUAACUGUUUAAUUAAUCAAGAUUAGAAGAAUGCCGUGAGGAAGAAAACUCUUUCUAAGAUGCUUGCCGAAGGGCAUUUUAGACGCCACUUUAAUGCAGUGCUGUGUGAUUUUAAUCAGGCAAGCGACGUGUUUUUUAGGUAGUUUUAAAUGAUGGUUUCCAAAACUUGAGGACUGCCCGUCGCCGUUCUUGGCAUUUCAGGGUUAAGUACGUCAGUACAUAUGACAAAAACACUUUAACAGUUCGUUUGCGAACUAAUAAUAGCGAGAUUAUUACCUUCAUUGACACUGGCUAUGUCGGCCAGCCCGUCUAAUAACGGCGGUCUCAGGAUGCUUGUUCCGCCGGCCCCCGGCGACGAGCGCCAGAUUGAGUUCGUUGCCCUGACUGCCGUCCACACGGAGCGGAGCGAGCCGUCCACCCCGGAGCGCGGACACCCGUGCCAGCGGACCGGGCUGCUUGGAACCCCGCUGCCAGGGCCGCCCGGACCCCGGACGAGCGCGUCCGCCUCCAGCAAGCGGUGCAGAAAGUUGCAGAACUACCUGUACAACGUGCUGGAGCGGCCGCGGGGAUGGGCCUUCGUCUACCACGCGUUCAUCUUCCUGCUCGUGUUCAGCUGUCUGGUGCUGUCUGUCUUCUCCACCAUCCCUGAACAUCAGAGCUUCGCCAACGAGGGUCUCUUCAUCCUGGAGUUUGUGAUGAUCGUGGUGUUCGGACUGGAGUACAUCGUGAGGGUCUGGGCCGCCGGAUGCUGCUGCCGGUACCGGGGCUGGCAGGGCCGCCUGCGCUUUGCCAGGAAGCCCUUCUGUGUGAUAGACUUCCUCGUGUGUGUGGCAUCCAUAGCGGUAAUCUCGGCCGGCACGCAGGGGAACAUCUUUGCCACGUCUGCGCUGCGCAGCAUGCGGUUCCUGCAGAUCCUGCGCAUGGUGCGCAUGGACCGCCGUGGCGGCACCUGGAAGCUGCUGGGGUCGGUGGUGUACGCCCACAGCAAGGAGCUCAUCACAGCCUGGUACAUCGGAUUCCUCGUGCUGAUCUUCGCCUCCUUCUUGGUUUACUUAGCCGAGAAGGAGGUCAACACGGAAUUCUCCACCUACGCUGACUCCCUCUGGUGGGGAACAAUCACCCUCACCACCAUUGGAUACGGGGAUAAGACCCCACGCACCGGACUGGGCCGCGUGCUGGCCGCCGUCUUUGCCCUAUUGGGCGUGUCCUUCUUCGCACUGCCAGCAGGGAUCCUGGGCUCUGGGUUUGCCCUGAAAGUGCAGGAGCAGCACCGGCAGAAACACUUCGAGAAGAGACGGGUCCCCGCAGCCAACCUCAUCCAGGCCGCAUGGCGUCUCUACUCCACAGAUGCUCAGCGCUCCUACCUCACGGCGACCUGGUACUUCUACGACAGCAUGCUGCCUUCGUUCAGAGAACUGACCCUACUCUUCAGUCACCUGCAACAGCAGCGUAGUACCAAGAAAGGCCAGCACUUCCACACACUGCUGUCCGGGCUGCGGCCCCACAGCUCCCCCUUCCUGUCGAGGGACAGUGGCGGGAAGAUGGGCUUCCGUGACCGGAUUCGGAUGAACAACACCCGGGCAGCCCAGACGGCACGCGCCAAGGCAUCGCCCCUGCCCACCAGUGAGGCACGCCCCUCCCCCAGCUCAGAGCACCCACCCGAGGCUGCCAGUCCUGAGAAGGUGCAAAAGAGCUGGAGCUUUAAUGACCGCUCGCGCUUCCGCACGUCGCUGAGGCUCAAGCACCGUCCCGCCAUCGACGCAGAAGGAGCAGGGGAUGACUACACAGACGAGAAGACAUACCCCGAUGUAGCUAUGGACGAGGUGAUACCAGCCGUGAAGGCCCUCAUCCGCGCCGUCAGGACCCUCAAGUUCCUUGUGGCCAAGCGUAAGUUCAAGGAGACGCUGCGUCCGUAUGAUGUCAAGGAUGUCAUCGAGCAGUACUCCGCGGGUCACCUGGAUAUGCUCGGCCGAAUCAAGAGCCUGCAGAGCCGGGUGGAUCAGAUCGUGGGACGCGGACCCAGUCAGCCAGACAAGAAGGUGCGGCAUGAAAAGGGGGAAAAGUUGCCCUUGGAUUUGGACCCCCACGAGGAGCCAAGCAUGAUGGGGCGCGUCCAGAAGGUGGAAAAACAGGUGCAGUCCAUCGAGAGCAAACUGGACAUGCUGCUGAACUUCUACACGCAGUGCUUGAAGAAGGGCUCCUCGCACGUCACCCUGUCCUCCCUGCUGGAGGCCGACCUCACCUCCGACUAUCACAGCCCAACUGAUCACCAGGAGCUCUUCCCAUCUGCCAACACGCUCAACAUCUCCCGCUCUGAGAGCAGCACCAUGGACUGAGGGGAAAUUCUGGAAGGCUGACCUCACCACCUCGCCCUCAUUCCAAACCCUCACCAUCUGAAUGACAUGCAUUUAUUUCCUCUUCUCUCAUACAUGAAAUUAGAACCCAGGGGCGUGGCUACGGGUGGGUGUGGCUAUGGGUAGGCGGUGCCCACCCAGCCGGAUUGGCUGCUCACCCAACAGAGACAGACGGAAUGUAACCAAUCAUUAGUGAUUUAAUAGAAUCGCUAAAUUAUGAAAUAACUUUUACCAUCCCCCCCCCCACCCAGGCUGAUGACUACUGGCAUCCUGGUAAUGCCUCUUCCUGAAACAAAUCCUACCCAGAAUUCCCUGUGCCAUUUCUUAAACCUCUCCCCUUCUUUCGUUUCCUGCCUUUCUGAUAUUUCGUGCAUCGCCCUCUCCUGGCCAUUUCCUCUCAUGGCAUCGUCACCAGAGCCGUGACGACUCUCCACAGAGGGCCGACGUCUAAGCAGAGACAUGGCUGAAAAGACCAUUCGCUGCGACGAGCCUUUCUUCCUCAGCUCGGGUGUGAACGGGCGUGACCGGGCACUCCCCAACUACUGAUAUGCAAGCGUUAUUUCAUGCAUCCGUCUGUCUCGGUCGCCUGGCUCAGAAGCACAAGCCGGCACACAAUGUAAGGCUGGCAGAUUCUUCGGUUCCUUUGUUCUGAGGUUUUUCUCCUUAUGUUGUCUAUGAAUUAAUAUCAGAGAAUGUGAACAAAAAAAAAUCCGUUUUGGGGUUGGGGAAAAUGCGAUAUUUUUUACAGAUCUGUUUGAUUUCGGCACUGAAAUUGGAGAAUCUCGCUUCCUGACUGGGCUCAGAUGUUCUCUGCUGAUAGCCUGGGAGCUUCCAGGGAAUGUACUGCAUGUCCUUUUGUCACCGUCACUGUGGAGUGUUUGCGGACAGGUGGCCUCGGGUUUGUGACUCAGCACCUGAACGAGGGGGCAAGCAGGAAGCCGCUCGGCAAAUCCAUCCUCGUCCUCGACUGACUCUGCCCCCACAGUGACUUUUACUGGUCCAUCUACAAAUUCUUUACAGGAGGGGCAUUUUGCGUUGAUUCCCCUUCCUCGCAUGUCCAUCGCAGAUUUCAGUUUAAUCACAAUGUUCAGAAAGAAACUGAGUAAAAACAAGCCUUCCCUAAGAUUCUGCUAUGCGAUGGAGAAGGUUUGGACGUGAGCAGCGGUAAUGGAGCAGAGAUGGUCACUCUGAUCCUGUUCUGUUUAGGGAAGAGGUUUGUGAUUCACCUCUGUCAUCUCCUUCAGCUCGGUUUCUCGUUGCAUGGCCCUAUUUCUCUGUCGUCAUGCCGGUGUCCUACCAUACACCUUGACCAGGACAUCCAUCAGGGCUGUUGCGUAACCUGUAGUGAGGCCAGGAUCUUCUCCCCUAAUCAGAUCACGCCGUCCUUUUUUUACAUACAGCAUCAUCCUGACUCUCACCUCUGUAUUAAGGUUGCCACCUGCGUUUUACAUUUAUUUUUACACUAUUUUUGUGUAAAUCUACCGCUGUGGCCUUAAACUGUGAGGCAGGACCCAACCCCUUACUCCACCGAGCACAUCAACACUAAGCGGCACGUCAGUCGCCUGCUCAGCACCUCAACCGCCGCUGUGGCACAAUCCACUCAGGUGGCCCCUACCCGGUUAUACAACACCAACAUCUGCUGUCGCGCUCUUGUCGUUUGUACUGGAAACAUUAACUACAUGUCAAGUUCAAUAUGACUUCAUAACCUGUCCUUGCAUAGGUUUAGGCACAGUCACAUGACCACAUGGCAACCAUGAUGACUGAGGGUGUUUCUCAAUAUGCAUACUUGACCGUACUUGUGUUCUCGGGGUCUUGUGUAUCCGCUUUAUGUCUUCGUCCAUGACGGAAGACCAGCUCCAAUCCUAAGAACAGGAGUACAGAGGAAGGUAAAAAUCCCCAGAUGUCGUUCUUGCCCCACCCCAAAUAUCAAAGAUGUGUCGUUGGCAUCCUCACCUAACAAGACCAAUCCCAUGAUUCAUGGCACCCCAAGUUCAUCAUUGGGAGGCAAGUUAGCAAGACAGGUCUAGCCAAGACCUCAAGUACGACCUUUGUGUUCUUGGUAUGGAGAAGCACCUGAGUGCCUGGCCCAGACAGAACAUAUCCUCCUGAGACCCAAGGAAAAAAGUGUCCUUCAAUUUUAGGGUAUUUGUCUUUGGAGGAAAUGAGACGUCUUACAUGACGUCUUAUGAUUUUCUCUUUUUUUUAUUUUUAAUUUACAGCAUGUCCUCUUUAGUGCACAACAGGAAUAAAUGUUUCCUUACAUCAGUGAAAAGAUAGAUGCAAAAAAAAAAAUGUCCACUACAAUGGACAUAAAUGAAUGGGUGGGGUCUCAGGAGGAUAUUCCGCAAACUUGAACUCAUUUCUCCCGCUUCGGAAAGAAGCUGCCGACUCCUUUCAGACCGACAGCUCGGUUUGACAUGUUAAGAAAGAUCCAAAUCAGUAGUGCACCUGAACUGUGUGUUAGCUUGAUUAUUUUGGUAGAGGUUCUCCUAGUGGCAUUCACUUCGUUAUUUUAAUGGACGGAACUGGAAUACCCUGCACUCGUAUCACAUAAUUUGUUUCUGUUCACAGAGAUUUAUCACACGAUUGUUUUGUAAAUGUUGCAAAUUCAGUUUUAUUUUUUUAUGAUCUGCUCUGCUCCACUGGUUUUCUUACACGUGACUUGUAGGUGCUUAUAUAGACAAUAUAUUUUAUAGUUUUUUUUCUUAGUAAUAUGUAUGUUAUUGAAAGCCAUAGUAAAACAAAAAGUAUUAUAUGAGUGAAAUGUCUCGGAUUGUAUUCAAAAGGUGAAUAAAGCUAGUAUUUUGUUUAAAGAAACAUA